AGACAAUCCAGAAGAGAAAAGAAUACUGGUACGUGUCGACGUGAAUCUUGCGCCGCGUUUAAAUAUUUUGGAAUAUUUGGAAACGUAUAAAAUAAAAUAUUACAAUAGUGAUUUUCUUCAAAUAAACAGUAACUAGUUAACAGUGAAUUAUUGAAAUAUAUUGAAGCUAAUAAUUGUUAUAAUUAAGUCAAAAAUCGUAAUAACUUACGAUUAUUGUUGGUUUGUGGUGGACUGGUAUUUUGAAAGGAAGUUAAUAACAUUGAAAAAGGAUUGUCGUGGAAAUGGCGAAAGUACACGUAUUAGUUUUAGUGGUAUGCCAAAUCCUGUGUCUGCCGACCCUGUGUUAUAGUGAUGAUGAUAAUCCCUUCCUGGAUCUCGCGUCCUCGUUCAUACAGAACAUGGCAAGCGACAGUGGGAAAGGAAACAAUAUGGAUGGGUUGGCAGCCAUAGGAAACAUUGUGGGCAGUCUUAUGCAAGGUGACAAUGCUAAGAAUUUGGGCUCAUUAUUUGGACAGGAAAAUGGUGGAGCUGGUGACGUCCUUUCCGGUCUUGGAAGUCUAUUUGGGGGUCAGGAUGGUAAGAUAGAUCCUGCGGUCAUAGGAUCUGUGGUCUCAAUGUUCGCUUCCCAGAUGGGUUCUAAUCAGAACCAAAGAAGAAAGAGAGAAUCUGAUACCAAUGAUAUAAAUUUGGACAGUAUCCUGAGCAUGGCGUCAGGAUUUCUUGGUAACAAAAACGCAGCAGGAAUGCUGCCAUUAGUUAUGAACGCUUUAAGCUCAUUCUCCGAAGACGAAACAUCGAAACGAGCUGAUUCUCACAAAGACCACGCGUCUUUUCUGCCUCCGUUCCUCGAAAAGGCCCAUCUGUAUUGGGACAUCUUCAUAAAUUCUGAAUUAGGCAAGGCGGUCUGGGAGAAAUCCGGUUUCCAGCGAGCGAUGAAGUCGUUUAUGGGUCCUGACGGGAAAGUCAGUUUUGAACUGAUGUUCAAAAACUUCGAGAAUCAUUCAUUUAGGAGGCAUUGGAUCAAGGCUGUAGCGAAAUACCUAACGGGUAUGGUAGUUCAUGUCUCGAAACCAGAAGUUUACCAGAGAUAUUUGUCGACGGUACAAUACGUGCUGAACGGUUUCCUGAGCUCGCAAGGUCUACCUAAAAACACUCACUUCAAUAUGAAAAAACCAGAAGAGUCCAUCACAGUACUUAGCAAUUAUAUCGCGAAGAAAUAUCUGGACGUGAACACUGACGUAUCCAGCUACGUAAAGUCGGCCGUAGACUACGUGAAGCAAACGUUGAAAAUGGCGCAAUCGGCUUCCGAAUCUUUGGCGUCAAGAGAUUACAGCGCGUUGGCGGAGAGACUGACGGAUACGUUAAACAUGGACGUGAUAGAACCAGUCCUAAGGGUGUACCGAGCAUACACACACGCGAGGACGAACCCACACUGUCAGGAACACCUCAUGUGUCUCGUCAACAGACAAGUGAAGCAGGGAGGUCCAGGGUUCAAGGCGGGUCUUACUAAGAUGAGCAGCCUGGCCGCCUGCGCCGCUCUCAGCUUUGAAAACGGAAGAGGUUUCUGGGAUUUAUACAACGCUGUGCAAGCGGAUGUUGACUGUGAGGCCAAGUACCCCGCUGACUGUUCAUCGUUCCAUGAACACGAGCUGAAAGUUACAACCGAAGUCUAUCACAGUGAAUUAUAAAUAAUUAUAAUAGGAAUUACAUAUAUAAAAAAAAAACUGCAAUUUAAUUAUGUAUUUAAAAUUAUAAUUUAAAUAAAAUUUCCUAAUAAUUUUUUUUAUAUAUAUAACUUUUAAUGUACUUAAAUUAUUUUUAAUCUGUAGGUGUAUUAAGUAUGGACUGAUGGUAUAAAAGUAUAUUUUUUGCUGAUUUGGUGCUAAAAUUAUAUAAAUUUAUUACUGUUAUAUUUCAAUUAUCAUAUUGUAAAU